UUAACGUUAGGUUCAAGCAUAUUGCGCAUCACAUGGAAUAUACGUUAUAACGAGACUGUACGUGUUGCAUUUACCUUCUUAAAUGUUAAAAAGAGGCAUUUUAGUCCAAAUAUUUCAGAAUCAAAAAGUGAAUACAAUUCAACAUAAAGAUACUCAUUUUCAUCUAAACCUUCAUUUAUUACAGAGUCCUAAAUUUCACUUACGUGGUAAACUUUCUUUGCAUCUGAAUGGAAAAAAACGUAACCCGAAAAGGUCAAUAUAUCUAUAUAAUAUUCAUAAUCAUAAUAUUUCCAUAUGUUAUAAUAACCUUGUAUCUAUCUUUAUAUCUAUUUGUAGUAUUUCAGUGGCAAAAUGGCACUUGGCGGGUACAGUUUUAACUUAAAGCUCAUACAUGACCAUAUAUAGAUCAUGCAUUUUUUUUAAUAGAGAAUACCAAUACCGUUCGAUUUAUCUUCAAUAUAGAUAUAUAUGUAAAUAUCACAAAUUGAUAAAUAAGUUACAUGUGAAAUAUAAGACUUAAUAUUAGUGCAACAUCAGAAAAUGUAUAUGUUUUAAUUACGUUAAAACUGUCGAAAACUGGGAUACGGGUGCACCUACUUUCAAGUAAAUAUUUAAGGCCUAUUAAGGAAACACAAUAUUGACAGUAAGACUAUAAUUAGUGUCACGCGGUCCGGAUGUGACGUUGGGUACAAACAAGAUAUGGGAGGACAAUAUCACGAGACUUGUUUACAUUUUGAUAAUGUACACCGCACAUCUCAGAGGUCAAGGGUGAACGACUUAAACAGCGGCACGUGAUACAGCUGACCGAAUAGAGGAGUUUCCUGUAGCUUUAACGACACAGAGAAACGACAAGCCACAUGUCUGUUGAACCGUCUGAGGUGGUAGUGCCAUCUGGCCACGGUGGUCACAGUGGCCUCUCCAUACCUAAAGCCGCCUUCUUUAUCGUCGGGGAAAUCGCCGGAUCAGGAGUGUUGGCUCUGCCUAAGGCUGUGGAGGAUACAGGCUGGAUUGGGCUAGUGAUAAUUACAGCUUGCAGUUUCCUGUCCGCCUACACCGGUCACAUCCUCGGUAAAUCGUGGAUUAUCGCCUCACAUAGGUUCAAAGACUGCCGCGGACAUGUCCCAGACCCCUAUCCUCUCAUCGGGGAAAAGGCUUACGGGAAGUGGGGCAGACAGUUAGUGAACUUUUCUAUCAACUUCACCCUGUUUGGAGUAGGAACUGUGUUUCUGCUGUUGGCUUCGGAGAACGUUGAAUCCCUUUUCAAAGACGUCGGCUGGGAUCUUAGUUUCUGCGUAUGGUGCAUCAUACUGGCUGUAAUCUUGACCCCGGUCACUUGGCUCGGGACACCUCAAGACUUCUGGCAGGUGGCAGUGGGAGCUACCAUAGCAACCACUAUAGCAUGUGUCAUCCUCAUCACAAACAUUGGUCUGGAAUCCGAGGAUCUGGACGGUAAACCUGUAGUUCACCAGGAAAUCAAAUUCCUCGAUUUCUUCACUGCUUUCGGAACUAUAGUGUUUGCCUUCGGAGGACAUCCUGCUUUUCCAACUUUUCAAAAUGAUAUGAAAAAGCAGAAGGACUUCAAAUGGGCUGUAUUCUUUGGAUAUCUAAUUGUGCUCCUGAUGUAUUUCCCGGUGUCGACAGCAGGAUAUUUUGUCUACGGGAAAGUCCUGGACGACAACAUCCUCAACUCAGUGUGUCAGUCCGCUUCACGCACACACUGUAGGAAAGGCAUGACCGUCGCAAUCCAGAUCCUCAUAACUCUUCAUCUUAUGUUCGGCUUCGUCAUCGUGCUGAACCCUUUCUGUCAACAAGUUGAAUCCGGCCUAUUCAAAGUGGAUUCAACAAAAUUUACUUUUAAGAGAGUGUUAGUGAGAUCAGGCCUGGUGGCUAUAGUGUUGUUCAUUGCUGAAACCAUUCCCCAUUUUGGCGCCAUUUUAUCCCUGGUCGGUGGCUCGACAACAACGUUACUGGCCUAUGUGUGCCCAUCAGUAUUCUACCUAAAACUGUGUCGCAUGCCCUAUGAUGAGGAACUGAUUGAGCCGGAUGAAGGAAACGUGAAUGUCCGGCCGGUGAAGCUGCCUGGAACUGAGCCUGAUGGAACCAUAAUCAUACCUUUUUGGGAAAAAGUGUUGAAUUACGAAAUUAUAGCUAUCGGAUUGAUAGCUGGUGUGGCAUCAACUGUAUCCGCAGUGAUUGGAAUCGUUCAACCAGACACGUUCACAGUGCCCUGCUAUGCAAGAUAAUCACUCUAGGAAAUCAUGAACCAGUACAACACAAUCAAAAUUUUGGCUCGCAAAAUACUGAACCAGCAUUGAAGAUCAAGACUCGCAAAAUACUGAACCAGCAUUGAAGAUCAAGACUCGCAAAAUACUGAACCAGCAUUGAAGAUCAAGACUCGCAAAAUACUGAACCAGCAUUGAAGAUCAAGACUCGCAAAAUACUGAACCAGCAUUGAAGAUCAAGACUCGCAAAAUACUGAACCAGCAUUGAAGAUCAAGACUCGCAAAAUACUGAACCAGCAUUGAAGAUCAAGACUCGCAAAAUACUGAACCAGCAUUGAAGAUCAAGACUCGCAAAAUACUGAACCAGCAUUGAAGAUCAAGACUCGCAAAAUACUGAACCAGCAUUGAAGAUCAAGACUCGCAAAAUACUGAACCAGCAUUGAAGAUCAAGACUCGCAAAAUACUGAACCAGCAUUGCAUUGAUGAUCGAUAUUCUGGCUAAGAGGAUAUUGUGAACAUGAGGCCUCCGUUGUUUAGACAUGGUCAGCUUAAAAACUGUUUUAUGUAAAAAAAAAAAAUUGGUGUAAAUUUAUUUUCAAAAGUAUGGAACUCAAACUUCACUCUGCAUUACUGGGUUUUUUUUCUUUUUUUGCCCAUCUGAAACCAAGAAGAAUUUUCAAUAAUUUUGUGUUUCAUUUAAGAUAUAUAUUAUUUUGAAUAAUUAUGAAACUACUUUUUAAGCUAACAAUACUUUGAACAACUGUUCAGUAGGAUACAUGUGUUGUGAUCGAGAAUGUAACAAAAAUAAAUUGAUACUCAUGUUUUAUUUACAUUGAAUUUCAUGAACUGAUCUUACUAUAUAUUUAUUUAAAAUGAGAUUAAUUCACACUUCACAUUUUUAUGUUAUUCAUACAUGAUUGUUUGUAUGGUACUCUGAUUUGCAAUUGAUGCUUAAUCAUGAAUUUACUCAAAAAUCUAUUUUAAGUGCAAUAUAUAUCAUGUACAGUUAUGAUGCUCAAAGAACAAAGGUUUAUUUUUUUUCCAGGGGCCAAACAGAGUAUUUCAGGGGUUUUCAGGAAUACACAUAAAAGUUUUAUAUUUGAAACUUUUGAUGCAGAAAAAUAUAUUUGUAAGGUUUUGUUUCAUUCAAAAUAUAGUCUUAAAUCUGUGUGUGAAUAUUUAAUGUUUAUCACCCUAAGAAUGAAAUUAAAUCUGCAGUGAAAUGAGAGGGUAUAUGAUAACCGGUUACCUCAAUAAUUUGAAGGGGAAAAAAGAAGACGGAAUGAUACUAGAUUUUAAUUUGAUGCCAUAUGAAAUAAUUUUACUUUUUCUUUGUUUUUAUACCAUAUACUCAAAUUCCAUUGGUCAAUCUUUCUUGUCGAAAUUACCACCAUUGUCCUUUCAUGUAUUUAAUGGGGAAAUGAGUAAAUUCUUUGCUUACUUUUAUUUACUCUUGUCUAUAGUUUUAACACAUUCACCCCUGAAGACAAUUUGAACUCUUCCAAUUCAAAGGAUGGAAUAGUUUAUUAUUAAAUUUCAGGGGUGAAAGAUUAAAGAAAUGUUUGGGUGAAGCCAUAUCUUAAUUUCCCUGCUUUGUCCUUUCUAAUGAUAUUGAUGUUUUGUACAUGAAUUAUUGAGAGAACAAUUUUUCCAUACUUCAUCAACCUGCAAGAAAUAUAAUUAUCAUGUUCAAUUUAUUGUGUAUAUCAUAUUCAUUCCAGGGUUAGAAAUGGCAUGCAUUUACAUGUAGUAUUUUUGUUUUAAUUAAAACAUAUUUCUAUUGAAUCCCAAGGGAGCUAAUUGGGAAAUUAAUUAAUACUUCACUACAGACUAAAUUUGUUGCAUAACAUGAUGCUCAAGAGAAAAGUCUUCGCCAGGGGAGAGAACUAUGAACUGAAAUUGUACAGAAGCAUCAAAUGUUCAUAUUAAAUUUGUAGACAAUAGCAAUUAUUUAAUAUUUUUUGAAAAUAUGCAUUCCUGAAAGGAAAACUUACCUUCAGUGAUUCUAUGAUUUACAUUUUAUGAUUAACUUUUAAAUCAUUCCGUAGAAAUCUGUUUGUGCCUAAAUUUGUUCCAAAGUUUUUAUGUUAAUUUUAGUUAAGAUGUUGCACGAUGAAUACCUCAUGAUUAUAUAUCAUUUUAUCAAUUAUUCAUUUAUGAAUUUAUUAGUAACAUUAAUAAAGAUGGAAAGUCUUAGCACUGUGUGAUGUAGUGUAUAUUUCCAACAAAUAUGAGUGCAUGGUUGUAUCCUGGGGAUGGGGGUUAGGCCUCCCCCUAAAAUGCUUCAGACUUUUAUGCUUUUAAUUUCAAAAUGCUGUAACUCCCUAAAAAGCGCUGCAACUGUAAUUGUCUAUGUACAAUAUAGAGGAAGUAGCAUAAAUUCAACAGGGAGAUAACUCUUUUAAGACAUUUAUAGAGAAGAAAUUUUUGUUAAUAAAAAAAGUUGCUAUUCUGUUGUUUUUAUUACUUCU